GUGCAAUUAAAUUUCACCACUUACCAAUCUUCAUAUUCACCACAGAUAAAUAAGCUGUCAAAAGCAUAUGUUUAUAAAAAAUAAAAAAAAAUAUCAUCCGCGUGAAGUUAGGUGUGGACAAUAUUAUUUUAAGUUGCUUUUAUUUAAAUUCAAAUAAUCUCAAGUUUGUUAUUGUUAAAUUGUUGUUUAUACUCAUAUAAUUUAAGUGCAGGCUGCAUACAAAAUAAUGGCUGAGGAAACGGUCGAUUUAAUAGAAGAAUCUAACGAUGAAAUGGAAAGUUGGUUAUAUUAUACCCAGGAUAAUAAAACGGAAGAUAACAGUGAUAUAAAUAGUCUUAAUGAUGUAGAUGCAGAACAACAAUUAAUUUAUAUAGACUCUACGGACCUAGUAUCAAAUGGUAAUGAACAAGCUUUUCAUUAUAAUGAUGAGGAAAAUGAACUAAUAAAUAAUGCAGUAGAUGACCAAGAUAUACAAGAUAAUGGUGAAGUGAAUGAAGAAGAACCACUAGAUAAUGUAGAUGACUUAUCAAAGCACAACUUAAUUUUAAGAGAAACUAUUGAUGAAAAUGGUCAGCUGGUGGAGGGUUAUUUUUGCCAACAGUGCAAUUUAGCAUUUAACACUAUCGAAGAUUUUUUGAGCUAUCAUCCCUGCAUGGAACUACUAAAUGAAAUUCCCGAACAGCAAGAGCAACAACAACAAGAGACAGUGCCAUCAGCUACUCCAGAAGAUAAAUUAUGGGAUUUAGUAGAAAAUUUAGAUGAGGCAGAAGAUGAUGAUAACGCUUUUGAUGAAAUUAUCGAAAUUAAACCAAAUAUAGAUAGUCUAAACGAAAAUGAAGUAGCCAGCAGUACUGUUGAGUUGGAUAAGGAACGAUAUUUCUGCUACGAUUGCCAACAAGUAUUUACCGACUUAACUACAGCCGAAAAUCAUGAUUGUAUCAAUCAAUUGCCAAAUUCUGAAGAAUUGACUGAGCCAAAGUCUACUUUACUUGUAGAUAAUGAGGUAAAUAAUGUUUACAGAUGCCAUUUAUGUGAUAAAGACUAUACAUCUUUACGAUCCUUUAACAAUCAUCAACGUUGGCAUAAAAAAUCUGAAGAAUUAUUGGGUCACCCCAAGACUUUGCAUGAUGUAGCUGUAGUCUGUGAUGUUUGUAAUACGGUAUUUGCAUCGGAAAAGAAUUUAAAGUUGCACAUGAAGAUGCAUAAAAAGCAAACCAUUAAAACCAUACAGGAGGCAUUACCAGUUGGUGCGCAAAAUGAAUACAAUGAAUUGAAUCAAUUCUUUUGUGAAAUUUGCAAUAAAAGUUUCGAUCAAAAACUUUUGGUCAUCCACAAGAAUAUGCAUCAAAAUCUGGAGGAAUAUAAUUGCGGCAAAUGUAAUAAACAAUUUGAAAACUUGCCAAGUUAUGAAAUACACAUGCAGAUGCAUGUGGACAAUAUAACGAAUGUUAAGAAAUUUGCUACGGUUAAGAAAUUUAAUGAUUUUAUAAUUACUGAAGAUGUGCCAUCUACCUCGGCCCAAGGCAGCUCUAAAGAUGCUGGUGGUAAACGUAAACAUGCAUGUCAAUAUUGUGGCAAAGAGUUUUCACGUCCCUAUGAGAAAGUUAAACAUGAACGUGUACACACAGGCGAGAAACCCUAUGAAUGUGAAGUGUGUGGCAAGACUUUUAGGGUUUCCUAUUCCCUGACUUUACAUUUGAGAACCCACACGGAUAUAAGGCCUUAUGUGUGUGCCACCUGUAAUAAACGCUUCAAGCAGCAAUCCGUUUAUGUGCAUCACCUAAAGACCCAUGUCGUUGAGCGCGGCUAUAAGUGUGAUGUUUGCGGUAAAAGUUUUCGCACUUCUGUGCAACUAAGUGGCCAUAAAAAUAUACACAGUAAACCCUACAAUUGCACCGAAUGUAAUCGUCCCUUUGCUUCGUUAUACUCUGUAAAAAUUCACAUGAAAACCCACAAUAAAUGCCAUAAAUCCAAUAAAAAUCUCAAAAAUCGCUGCAGUAUAUGUGAUGCCUCCUAUGCCCGUAUAUUUGCUUUACGUUUUCAUCUUAAGGAACAACAUGGUCUCGAUGUACAUCCCACACAAUUGUUAGCGGCGACCAGUAGUUCGAAUGUAAAUACGCACAAGGAAAUGGAUGUUGAAACAGCCAUACUAAUGAAUGCCGCCCAUGAGGCUAGCAAUCAACAAAUGCAUUUUAUAAAUGCCGAUGAUGAGGAUGACAAUGAUGACGAUGAUGAUAAUGAGGACCAUGAUAAUGGGGAUGAGCGGAUAUUUAGUAAUCAAGUGGAUCAUGAGGAAAAUAUACAAAAUCCAGCUUUGACACAUAAUAGUUAUUUGGAUGAAACUGAGGCGGCUACCCAGGCUAUAUUAAAUACACAAGAGAUUUCUGUUGAUAAUUUUCCUACCGAAGAAAUUAUCACCGAUUGGUUAUCCAAAUAGUAAUUGUUAAGUUUAUUAUUUUUGUUUUUUAUUUUUUUGUAAUAAAAUAUUAAUUAAAUUAGCUUUAUUUAACUUUUUGUAUAAAUAGUAAUAACAUUUUAGUGGAAAAUAUU